AAAAAAUACCUGCAAGACCAGGAGGGAGAGAGUCCGAGAGAGACACACACAUACACACACAAAAGGGUCGUGCACGGUGUGUCAGAUCGUCCGUUCUCAUACGCCCUUCUUUGAUUGUUCUAGAUCAUGUUGAAUAAUAUAUACAUAUACAACCUAGCUUGCUCUGAUUAAUUGGGCGUAAUCUGACGCACGUGGCACCGGAGAAAAUCUGCCGAGCUGGGAAAGUUUGUUCGCGUGAUGGGAUGUUGUAUCUGCCCGUUGGAGACUCCGGCGAGGUUGCUGUGGAGUACUAGCUUCUUCCGACACAGGCUCAUGCUCUUCUAGUUAAGACUAAAUCGAACAUACAUAAUUCUAUACCUAUAUAUACAACUUAAAUUCUGUAUAUCACGGAUAUAUAUAUAUAUAUAUAUUGACGCUGAUAUAUAAUAGCCGGCGACCUGACACACUGCACAGAAUCAAACAUGAAUUCCGGCAGUAUUUUCUUCAACCCCUCGUCUCAUGGGAACAUGUUCUUCACGGGGAAUGGUGAUUCCUUUUUUAGAGGGCCAAGAUCAGUGAUAAAUAUGGAGGAAACCUCAAAGAGGCGACCCUUUUUCAGCUCACCGGAUGAACUGUACGACGAAGAUUAUUACGAUGAACAGUUGCCGGAAAAGAAACGUCGUCUCUCUUCGGAUCAGGUACACCUGCUGGAGAAGAGCUUUGAGGCAGAGAACAAACUGGAGCCGGAGCGAAAAACGGAGCUGGCUAAGAAGUUGGGACUUCAGCCCAGACAGGUGGCUGUGUGGUUCCAGAACCGCCGUGCACGGUGGAAGACCAAACAGCUCGAAAGGGACUAUGAUCACCUCAAAUCCUCCUAUGAUUCCCUUUUGUCUAACUAUGACUCCAUCAUCAAGGACAACGAUAAGCUCAAAGCUGAGGUUGUUUCCUUAACUGAGAAACUGCAAGCCAAGGAGGUGGCCGGAAUUCCCGAGUCAGGUCCAAAAUCUGACCCAAUUCCAGUGGAUGUGGCCCGUGCUUCAACCCUCCCAUUGAAAGUGAAGGUGGAGGACCGCCUGAGUUCGGGCAGCGGUGGAAGUGCUGUGGUGGACGUCGAAGAUGGUCCACAGCUUGUGGACAGUGGUGACUCGUACCUAGCAAAAGAUGUCUACCCUGGAUUUGUGGCGCCAUUUGAUCAUGGAAUCCAAUCAGAGGAAGAUGACGGCAGCGACGAAGGUCAGAGUUACUUCUCUGAUGUCUUCAUGGCGGAGGAACAGCAAAACGGAGAGCCACUGAGCUGGUGGGACUGGUCUUUAGAUUAAUGUCUUCAACUUUUGAUUAUGCUUUAAAAAAUGGUUCAGUACCAUCUUAUAUUUCUGCGUGUAAAAUAAUAUUUCUAUCGUUUGCUUAGAAAUAAAAGAACUUUAAUUAGCAUAUCUUUUUAUGGGAAAAAAAGAAAAGAGAAAGAAAAAAUAAAGCUCUUGGGUUAGAAUAGGUCUACGGGGUGAUUAUGUUAAGGAAUAAAAUAAUGGGCUGAAACAAGUGUGUUUAUCAAACAAUUUGGAUCAUUUCUCGAUUUGUGAAUGUUAUCCUUGCACCGUGCCGGUUAAUCUUUUGCA